UGUGGUAGUAACAUAUUAAAUUAAACACUUACGUCGUGAGAUUGCAGUCAAAAGUUAAGUUGUAGUAAAACAAAAAAAUAAUUAAUAUAGGCGUGAGUGAUGAGAGAUUAAAGGUCUCGAACUGAAGGUAAAAAAUAAAGCCAUGUCUUCUGAAACAGCUCAAGUUAGCUCAUUGCCAUUACCACCGUUGCAGUAUAUAAACUUUUACACCGACGAAAAUGUUCGAAGAAAUAGGGCUCCGUUGCCACCGCGACCUAUUCAUGACUCCUACCAAAUGUUUGGUCACACAUUUAAUGCAGAUGAUACAAUUAUACGAUCCUUAGAAAGUCAGGGUUUCCGUCGCCUUUACCCUAUGCACUUUGAGAGGAGAAGAGAAUUAAAAAAACUGAAUCAUUCGUUACUAGUGAAUUUUUUAGAUCUUUUAGAUUUAUUAGUACAUUGCCCAGAUUCACCUAAAAGAGCUGAAAAAGUUGAAGAUCUCAGUCUGUUAUUUAUACAUAUACACCAUCUGCUAAAUGAGUUCAGACCACAUCAGGCCAGAGAAACCUUGAGAGUGAUGAUGGAAUUACAGAAGCGGCAAAGAGUGGAAACUGCAAUGAGGUUCCAAAAACACUUAGAUAAAGUCCAGGAUAUAUUACAAAAUGCAUUACAAAGCUUGCCUGAUCAGAAUGAUAUUGAGUCUAACUUUAAAGUACCUACAGAAAUAUUAGAUCAUAUGGAUUGUAACCUAAGUGAUAAUGCAAAUCAAGAUCCGUGCUAUGAACUUGAUAGAAUUAUGUGCAAUAUUGUAGAUAAUAUGAGAUAGUUUUUUUUUCACUUUAUUCAAUGAUGAUUUUAACAAAAAGGAGAUUAUGAAGUUGUAUGCUAAAAGUGGAACCAUUUAAACCAGGGGUUAAGCAGAGGGGAUGCAUUAUAGCAGCUAGCUAAGUCAGCUUUGCAGCUGCCUCCUUUUAUUCAUAUUAUAGGCCAGUCUAUGACUAGCUGUAGGAAAUGUAAGGCUAAGUUUUAUUGAAUUUGUCACUACUGUUGUCAACCAACCCAUUAUGUUUUUAUUAAAUAAAUUAAUGAUA